UUCGAGCGCCUCAGCUUUUGGCGGAGUGAUCUUACCGCAGAAACCUAUAUAAGAGCCUGGUGCAAGCGCCGGCGCAGUUAGACCAAGUCGCCUCUCAGGAAUAGGUUUGUUGUCUGCUAGGACCGGCUCGAGUUCGGUGAGAAAAUGCAGAUCUUUGUGAAGACCUUGACUGGCAAGACCAUCACCCUGGAAGUGGAGCCCAGUGACACCAUUGAGAAUGUCAAGGCCAAGAUUCAGGAUAAAGAAGGCAUUCCCCCAGACCAGCAGAGGCUGAUCUUCGCUGGCAAGCAGCUGGAAGACGGACGCACCCUCUCCGACUACAACAUCCAGAAGGAGUCCACCUUGCAUCUGGUCCUGCGUCUGAGGGGUGGUAUUUAAAAUUGCUGCUUGCUUAGAGCCACUCAAGUAAACUUCACUGCACUUUGUUUCAAUAAAGUUGUUGCAUUCCCAAA